AUGUCGCAAGCUAUUGGUGAGCGGCCGAAUGCCCGGAGGCGCCUCUCCAGGUACCGGUCGCCGCUCGGCGCUACGGUGGGGCUCGUGCAGUGUGUGCGUCGCGCGGUGCUGGAAGUGGACGGGGCGGUGAGUGACGCUGUGAACGGCUGUGAUACAUAGGAACGAGACUGGAAGUUACCACCGUAUUAAUGCUAACCUGUUGAUAGCUGAAGACAGCACGCCGAGGACACCAUGCGAUCGCGCGGGGUGUUGUGUUUUAUCGCCGCGAUAGCCACAGCUGCACUUGCCCAGGAGGAGCAAGUCAAACUGGAAAUCCUGCCGUCGCAGGCCAAGAUUCGUCGCGACCUCGGCAAGCAGGGAUUCUUCACAUGUCGGGCCGCAGCCGGCUUCGAGGAUCUCAUCGAUGACAUCAUCUGGCUCAACCCGGAGAACAUUGAAGUGCCGGCCGAGUCGCGGGAAAGUACCGACCAGCCGACGCCCAGAAUAUACACGGGCCAGUUCGUGCCAAGCAACGGCCGCGAGCUGUUCAUAUCGCCGAUACAGGAGCAGGACUCGGGCAUUUACACGUGCAAGGCGCGCUACGCCACCAACCAGGAGGUCACCAAGGCCUUCGAGCUCGUCGUCUACAUGAGCAUUCGAUUUGAGGACGCGCCCGAGCAGCAGAACCCGCAGCAGGGCACCACGGCCAAGAUCAAGUGCGUGGUGCGUGCCAACCCGGUGGCCGUUGUGGAGUGGAUCAAAGACGACAAGACCAUCUCGUCGGGUGGACGGUUCGUGGUUGAGCAGGACGGCCUUGUGAUCCAGGACAUCUCUUCUGAGGACGACGGCACCUACAUUUGUCGUGCCAAGGUGCCUGACGAGGGCGAACUGGCUGAACGGCGCAUUCAGGUCGAGGUACACUCUCUACCCCAGAUUCUGGAGCCGGCCGAGGGCGCUACAUUUGAGGUCACAGAGAAGAACAGGGCAGCAUCCCCUGCCGAACAGCCGGCAAACCCCUGCCUACCCUCACCUGGGUUAACCCUGAGAACGCCGAGCCGAUAAUGUUGACGGUCUGAGCGUGGAUCCCAAGGAUGGCACGCUCAACUUUGACCCGGCCAGGAGAGAUAUGGGCGGAGAGUACCGCUGUAUGGCGGAGAACGCGCUGGGAAAGGUGGAGACUACUGUCAAUGUAGUCAUUAUCGUCAAACCGGAAAUUAUCAGGUGAGAAGGGGAGAAAGGUGAUUGUAGAAGUGCUGUAGAAGUGUCGUAGAAGUGUUGUAGAAGUUAAGUGUUCAAUAAUUCGUACCGAUUACAUAUAGCUGGUGGUUUUCAUGUCAAUUGGAUUGACUUGGAAAUUCUUAGUUGGCGGUCUUACUUAGGAAUGGGGCUCGUAGACAUACAUUGACUUUA